AUGGGCGGAGCUGGUCAGCCGCACAAGCCGAGCAUUCGCGGUGGCGCACGCCGAGUGCAGGUGAAGACCGGCUGCCGAACUUGCAAGGUCCGGAAGAUCAAGUGCGACGAAAAUCGGCCAGCCUGCCGACGGUGCGUUUCAACUGGUCGAGUUUGUGAUGGCUACGGGGUGUUAGGCAGCGAGGUGAACUUCUACAUUCAUCCGCUACGGGCCCCGGGUUCUAUCGGCAGCGUUGGCUAUCUGCAACGCCCGCGUGUCUACCCAUUCACUGGAACCACAGAAGAGUGGCAGUAUCUUGAGUGGUUCAAAUACCGCACAUCCAAGAAAAUCCCCGGCGCCUCCAUUCUGGCGUUAUGGGACCCGCUACUCUACUCGGCGUGCUGGAGCGAGCCCGCCGUCCUGCACGCUGUCCUGUCCCUGAGCUCUGUCCACAGGCGGGAGGUCUACGAGAGCGACUACGGAAGACGGGUGUGCGACACUCCGGACAAACAGGAACGGUUCACCCUGCAGCAUUACACCAGGGCGAUUCGUCAUCUGCAACCGCCCUUCGCGAUCAGGGACAAGGCAUCGGCGCGGACGGCUCUCAUGACCUGCUUCGUGUUUGUGUGCUUGGAACUUCUUUGCGGUCACUUGGCGACUGGGCAAGCCCAUCUCGAGAACGGGUUGAGGCUCCUCAGGGAGUUAGCAGUGCCCGUCACCGAAGGCAAUGGAAUUUUGCUCUUCGAGCUUGUUCCCGGUUCCAUCGACGACGCCAUCGUCCGGGCCUUCUGCCGCUUAGACCUCCAGUCAAAGCUAUUCAGGCACUGUUAUCGGCAUCCGUGUCAAGUUCUGCAAAUAUCUGAGGAUUCGUCGUCAUCGUCGUCGUCGCCGGCGAUUUUCCGCUCCGUCAACCAGGCGUGGACGCAGAUCGAGAAGAUAUUCGGCCGCGUAUUCCAUCUUACCGAGUUGGCGCGCCGCCAACAACAAGUUUCUCGCCAUGCCACCGUGGAACAACCAUCGUCCUUGGAAUCGUCUCUGACACAGAUCCAGGCGGAGAUAUCCAGGUGCUUCGACACCCUCGAAGCGUCCCGAAACUCGAUGCAGGACCAAGACUCAAGAGGUCUGGCUUACGGCCUGCUGUUCACAUACCACCACAUGGCGGCCAUCAUGGCGGACACCUGCCUGCGCGCCGACGACGAAUCCGUCUUCGAUGUGCAUACGCAGCGAUUCGUCUCCAUCCUCGACAGAGCCAUAGUCAUGUGGAAAGCAGGCCGGGCCGAACACACGGUCGCAGGGCCGCUCCCAUGGCCGCGCAUCCACAUGUCGCGGUCCAUCGUCGACAUCGGCUGGAUCGCGCCGCUCUACUACACGUCCCUCAAAUGCCGGGCCCACCGCGUCCGGCUCCAGGCUAUCCGGCUGAUGGAGACAACGUCGUACCGAGAAGGCAUGUGGGAUUCGAAAAUGGCCUCGUCGGUCGCGCGCCGGGUCAUGGAGAUCGAAGAGGGCGACUUUUACCGGGACUUGGGACCGGUGGACGACUUCGCCCUUUCCAGCUCUCCGGGGAUCCAGGCCCUCUCGUUACCGACAUCGCCCCCGCGGAACAGGAUCUGUGAGCUCCGCAUGGCCUUGUCUGAUGGCCCCGCCGAUCCUAUCCUCUUGCACUACCGACAGGCUCAAACGGCGUGGAGAGAUACGUUAAUAUUCACAGGCGGCGGCAAUGAACGCAGAGAUCUCCAACAGAGCCAAUCUACUGCUUCCCUGCGGGAAUAUCUGAAUGGUACAGAGAAUUCGCAAGCAUAA